GAUGAGAACCGCGUAUACGUCGUAAUAACGUUGCGCACGGAGAUUUCUCAAGACUUGGGCGGCCAUACACUUGCGGAGAAAUGUUCGUAUUGAUCGUUUAGAGUCGAGACUUCCCAAAUCGGAUAUCCUGAUCCGUACGCACGCUACCGUAGAGGUGUGCGCGGUAAAACGUUGCUAGACAGCUCCUCGACCGAACGUCGAAGCUACGUUAUUGUUGUUGUCGUUUAUUCUUGCGAUUGUCGUCGUCGACUCAUACCCGAGCGAUCGGGCGCAUUAAACGUAUUGGGCGUCCGCCGCGGGUCAUAAUACCGCGCGUUAAACGCCAACCCGAAUCGCUCGUGAUCGCGCGGUUGAUCACGACGAGUUGAUCACAUUCGGGAUCGACGAAAGCGCGUACGGAAUUCCGAUAACUGGUGUCGCGCGACGGAAGCACGGUAUUUAUCGGCGUCGCGCGGCGGUCGGACGCGACGCGGUCGGCGAGGCAGCACUGCCACGGUUGGUUCACCAAUGGUGAUAUCAGACGAAAACGUUAUCACGUUACUGUUCAGUUCCGAGGUGUCGAUUUCUCGCGUCGUGUCGUGGGUACGUUACCAUCGCCGAAGCGCACCGGACCCGACUGGCCGUAGCUCUGCUUUUACUUCACGCCCGUAGCCGCGAACCUCGUACCACUCGUAGCACCGGCUCGUCUGCUGAGUGCCAGUGUACCGAGUGCUACUACUACCACACACACUACUUGCACGCCGGUGGGCCCUCUUUUUACCCGAUCGCGAUGCACCGCUGACGACCGGGACACGAAUCGCCAUCCGGAAAAACCCUACGGAUCGCCCGUACACCGACACCGAUCCGUUGGACGAACCGCGUCCCGUGAUGCGUCGGGCUCCGGCGUUCCGUCUCGGCCGACCGCGAAACCAUAGGUCUUCCGGACCACAGCAACAACAACAAUAACCGAAGACUGGCGAGGUGAGUGCACUCGGCGCUUCUCUUAUUCGUCAGUGGCAUGUGGAGAUCGCUGAACGUUACACAAUGCCUUUCAAGUUGCGUCUCAAAAAAAGCCGGCAGUACAAUGUUGUCUCCAAAUCUUUGUAUGUCAUCUGUGUCGAACUGCUGGAUAGUACGUCGAUAGAAUGCACUCUUUCUGCGGAGAGCGUAGGCCAAGAAUGUUUAGACAGCGUGUGCCAAAGACUCGGAUUGCAUCAGCCGGAGAUCCUGGGGCUGCGUUACAUAUCACGGUCCAGAAAUCCUCGAUGGGUUGAUCUGAGUAGGCCGUUGAAAAGGCAACUAGACAAAUAUUCGUGUCAUUUUAGUCUGUAUUUGAGAGUUAUGUACUAUAUAACAAAUGUGUCUUUUAUUAAAGAUGAAAUGACUAGGUAUCACUUUUUUCUUCAAUUGAAGAUGGAUGUUAUCGAAGGUCGCAUUCUUUGUGAUGCUGAUCAAGCUGUACUACUUGCUAGUUAUAGUAUGCAAGCGGAGUUUGGGGAUCAUGAUUUGGAAAAACAUACAUCUGAGUACCUUAAAGAUUUUGUACUUUUCCCUAAGCAUUUAAUAGCAAUACAAGGGCGUCUUGAAAGUCUCACAGAAGCUGUUAUCUGCCAACAUUUAGCUCUGGCAGGCUUGCCCCAAGGGACUGCUGAAGAGUAUUACAUCAUUGCAGCUCAGCAGUUAGAAGGAUAUGGACAGGAAAAGUUUUUAGCCAAAGAUGAUAAUUCUGCUGAAGUGACACUUGCAGUUAGUCUUAGAGGUGUGACAAUUCAAAAUCAAAACAGAAGUACAACAUUUUACCCAUGGGAAGAUAUAGCAAAUGUAAUAAAUCAUAAACGGUAUUUUAGUAUAGAAGGACAGCAUGAAAAUUUUAUACAAUUUCAGUUCAAUGAUGUCGAAACUGCUAAAUAUGUUUGGAACAUGUGUGUUUUACAGCACAUGUUUUACGGGCUGCAUGAAAAAAUUGAUCAAACUGGUGACAACAAGGCUGAUAUAAUGAGAAAAAAUUUGGAAUCUCAUAUCGAUAAUAAUAUAGAAAGCAGUCGAGAAGAAUUAGAUGCUGUUGAUGCUACAGAAUCAGGCAUGAUCAGAAGCUCUUUUCCUUUUAACGGAGUUCGUGCUCAAUCAACAUCCUGUUUGGAUUUGUCCUCUUCACAAAUAAGUGAAAAAGCACGGUUGGAAAAAAUUGGGCACAAAUCUAUAUCUAAAUUACCAUCAUACCGACUGGCUCCUGAUUAUGAAACUGCUGUUCAGCGAAAAUAUUCACAAGGCGAUUAUUAUAAUCCAACUCCUAAUUUAAUUCCUACUGCUUCUAUUAGUCAUCAAGAUAUUAAUCUUCAUCAGUUAAAUAAUGAUUAUAAGCAAUUUCCUGAUGUGACUCAGGUCAAUACAGCGUCAACUAUUCAUCCUGUUCAUGGUAAAACGGAUUUGGACAUUCCAACUCGGGAUACUGAAUAUGUACAAAUUUACAAACCGCCACCACCUUAUCCAAUUAGUAAUAGUACACCAGAUUUAGCAAGAGCAUGUCCAUUAGGUUUUAUUCAAAAUCCUGUAAGUGGUUCAAGCCCCGACCUUUUGUCAUCAAGAGUUCAUAACUUUCAGAUAGCUCCAAACCGUCACAAUGCAUCUAAUAUGUUAACUAAUUCUGAUACACACAGGACUUAUACAAAUUUGAAUUCUUUAGUUGAAUCUAGACAGAAUUUGGACGAGUUUCGAAGUGGUUUUAAUGGAAACAAUAUGAUGUAUUAUAUGGGUCAAUAUGGUCCAAUUUUAAAUCAGCCAAUAACUAGUGUGCUUGUUAAUGAAAGACCACAUAACUGCAACACAGUUGUAAAUAAAUUCACCGAGCCUAUUUAUGAGAAUGUGCCAUUACCAUGGAAUUCUAAAGAAGUUCGCAGUCGUGCAUCAAGUGUACAAUCAGCUCCUGAAAUUAAGUCACCUAAUAAAAUUAUCCAACAAGUACUGCCUGUUCAAAAAGAUAUAUUUGUAGAAAAUCCACACAGUGAAAUAAUACCUACUAAAAACAAUGCACUGGAUAUGAGCAGUAAUUCUGUUAAUUCAUUACAAGUGACCUCAACAUUAGCUAAUCAUUCAGCUGAGCAGUCUUUUGAUUCUUCAAACCAAAGUAGUAGCAGUGGAACAUUGAAAAAAGAAGGACGAAGUAAAAAUCUCCGAAAAUGGACUGGUUUGUUGAGUGGGGCGGUGAAAAGUAAGACUCUAACCAGAAAUGGUGAAAUAAGUGUUGAAGAAUUUAACAAAAGGCACUCAUCUGUUCCAAGGCUACCUAUACCGUCUACUAUUUCUAAAGAUACUAUGUGUCAACUCUUAGAACAUAAGUUAGAAGAUACCCAGUUGUUUCAAGAGUUUGAUAAAAUCACAAAAGUUAAGCCAAAUGCUGAAUUUUCUUCUACAUUUGCUCUAGAAAACUUUUCAAGAAACAGGCAUAAGGAUAUUUUGCCUUACGAAGAGAAUCGAGUUCGUUUAUCACCAAGUAAAGAAAACCGAUUUGGAUAUAUUAAUGCAUCCCACAUUACUGCAUCAGUGGGAAAUGAACAAAGGUUUUAUAUAGCUACGCAGACACCAUUACCGAAUACUGUGAAUCAUUUUUGGCAAAUGGUAUGGGAAGCUGGUGUGCACCUUGUGCUUGAUUUAUCCCUACCAAAAUCUCAUACUAUUGAUGAAAGUUAUGGUGAUUAUUACCCAACAGUAGCAGAUCAUUCUGUCCAAUUUGGCGAAUAUCAUGUGUGGCUACAGUUUACACAGGAAACUGGUCACUGUGUUACUAGUAAAUUGAAACUGCAACACAACUCAUCUAGACGAUCUAGAAGUGUUUGGCAUUUAAGGUAUAAUCAAUGGAUUGAUCAAGAUUGUCCUGCUGAUGUUUCACACUUUCUUGGCUUUUUGGAAGAAAUGAGUUCAGUACGUGAACACACAAUCACAGAGAUACCUACUGGACAGAAUCGUAAUCCACCAAUUCUUGUUCAUUGUAGUACAGGAGUGGGUAGAACUGGUCUUACAGUAUUAAGUGAUCUUCUUUUGUAUACAUUGGACCAUAAUCAGGAAUUGGACAUACCUAAAACAGUAUCACUAGCUCGACAUCAGCGCAUGUUGUUUGUGGAAACAGUUGCUCAAUACAAAUUUAUACACUCAUUGCUCAUUUACUAUUUGAAAAAUUCACGUCUCAUUUAGUCUAAAACGAUGAAUGGAUAUUGAACACAAUAAGGUUGUUAUGCUCAAAAUACUAGUAAUUGUUGCAGGGUCAUUGACUAAACAUAAAGAAAACAUUUUUUGCAUGUAUGUGUUUAUUAUAUACUAAAAGAAAAAGCAAUGUUAAUGAACAAAAUGUUUUCCAGCGUUUUAUAAUAAUAACGCUUACAAUAAUAAAAAUCUAAUAAUAAUAUCAGUGUAAUAUUACUU